UUUCCAUGAUCUGAACAUGGCAACCCUUGUAUUCAUAGACCAGGAGAAUGGAGAAGCUGGUGCUACUUCUAAGGAUCGACUAAGAUUGCCUUCAACUUCAGGAAAAGUUCUGUCUGAAAGGUCACAGGUGCAGACUCCCCUUGUUAGAAAAACAAUUAAUGCAACUCCAGUCGCAUCUAAGUCUCUCAGAAAGGCUCUAGGAGAUGUGAACAGGACUCUGCAAUCCACAAAAAAGAAGGAAACUUUAAAAACACAAAAGCAGCUUGUGACUAAGAGUACUACUGAAAAGACCACUGAAGUGGGAAGUUGCAGUGCAGUACCUGAAGAAACCUACCCAGAAAUUGAAAACUUGUUUACCUACAACCCUCUAGACUUUGAGAGUUUUGAAGUUCCUGAAGAACAUAGACUAAGUGACAUGUCCCUGACUGGUGUACCUCUUAUGAUAUUUGAAGAAAAGUCCUCUGACAGACUUGUAAACUUGGUCCCAUCACCUAUGAAGCUGUCUCCAAUUUCAUGGGAGUGUGACUUGCUACAGUCAACUGCCAGCUUCCUUUCUACCCUGGAUGAAAUCAUUGACUUGCCACCUCCGUGCCAGAAAUUCUGAAGUAGAUUCUGCUUCUUUUAUUUAUUGAGCUUUACCAAGCUUGUUCAUGUCUUUUUUUUCUCUCUAGGUUUUUAACCCUCCAACUUUCUAAAUAAAGAAUUGGGUAAAUAAUA